UGGCAAUUCAGUGUGAAAGGUACAAGUGACUGAGUAGGUUAAGCCUGGUUGAUUGGAGAUGGUGGUCAAUACUCAAGGUUCAAACCCUUUUCAGAGGAUUUUCCCUCAUUGCAGUAUUUACAAGGUCUGUUUCCUGGUUUUCUUUGGAUUACUACUUCUCCUGCUGUUUUUCAACUACGAGUUAGAAACAUCUGACAUCUCUGAAAUUGGAAUGGAGAUGGAAGCUGGAUUCGGACCUGUCAAGUACAAAUACAACCAGAUGUCCCCGCUGAUCUUCAUCGGGGGGUAUCCUCGGUCUGGGACCACCCUGAUGCGGGCGAUGUUGGACGCCCAUCCCGACAUCAGGUGCGGUCCAGAAACUAGAGUUAUCCCAAGACUGCUGCAGUUCAGAGAAAUCUUCUUACGCAAAGAGGAGUUGGCGCUGAUGAAAGAGGCAGGAAUCACUCUUGAAAUCCUGAACAGAGCAACGGCCACGUUCCUUCUGGACAUCAUGGUGCACCAUGGGGAGCCGGCACCUCGACUUUGUGACAAGGAUCCUUUCAUCAUUAACUAUGCCAAGUAUCUUUGCCGAAUCUUCCCCAGGGCCAAGAUGAUCUUCAUGGUACGGGAUGGAAGAGCAUCCACGUAUUCUGCUAUAAAAAGAAAUGUGACAGUAAGCGGAUUAGAUUUCCACAACCUUCGCGCCUCCCUGGAGGAGUGGAACAGGGCAGUAGGCCACAUGUACAAUCAGUGCCAAUCGAUAGGUCCCAGUCGCUGUAUGAUGGUCCACUACGAGCAGCUGGUGUUGCAUCCAGCCCACUGGAUGAAAGAGGUAUUGGAAUUUCUCGAAGUGCCUUGGAACGAGAAGGUGCUCCAUCAUGAGAGUCAAAUUAACAAGUCUGGGGGCAUAUCAUUGUCUAGGCUGGAGAAAUCUUCUGACCAAAUCAUCAAACCAAUCAACACCGAGCCUCUGGACAAGUGGGUCGGGUUCUAUCCUCAGGAUGUUGUGGAUGAUAUGGACAAAAUUGCCCCGAUGUUGUUUAAACUUGGUUACGACCCUAAAGCCAAUCCGCCCAACUAUGGAGUUCCUGACGGAUUUGUUCUCCACAACACCAAGCUGGUCCUACAACAAAUUACGUUUUGGAAACAAAAGGCGAAACAAUUGCACAUUAAAACUGCAAUGGCACAUGAAUAAGAAAAUCAUGAUUAAAAAAAAAUAUUGUUUACU